AUGUCGCACAUCACCCAUGCCAACCAAGGCCUGGCUGCAGUCGACGCCAAAAAUUGGGAUGUGGCCAUCGGCAAGCUCUCCCGAGCUCUGCAGACCUCGACCAACCCAGCAUGGCUGCUCGCGCGGUCCAAAGCGCUCAUCAACGUCAAGCGCUACGAGGAAGCCCUCGACGACGCCAACCUUGCCUUCCACACGGCCUAUGAGCGGAACAAGCGAGACUCCAUGAUUGACGCGCACUACCGCCGAGCCGUGGCCUACUACCGCCUCGGGCAGUACGCCAACGCCGACUGCUGUGCCAUCUAUGCUAUGCGUCUGGCUAAGGGUCACGCUGCUCUAGACAAGGAGGACGUCAGGGCCGCCAACUCUGAUGAGGACGGAUUCUGGAAACCGACUGCCGACGACGCCAUGGCAGAGGCUCGUGAGGACCCUUUCAACCAGACCAGGCCCGAGGGGGCAAUGUCUGCUGCUCAACCGGCACAUGUCGGCGACUGGCGGCGAGCGAGCACCCUCCGGAUUCAGGCUCUCACUGCCAUGAAGAAGUUGCCGGCGGAUGACGAGGCUCGUAAAGCUACGGCGCCUUUGAGGCCGGUGCGCAAGGAGCUUUCUACUUUCAACAGGUCGAAUGACGAGACCGCCGAGAGCUCGAAGAAGACUGAGGUGACGGCACAGAAACCGGUCAUCCCUGCUGAUGCCCCUCUCCGUCUGCAGGACUUCCAAACCAACACCGUCAUGUCCGUGACCAUCUUCAGCAAGGGCGUCAACAAGGAGAAGCUCAAGGUGGACUUUCUUCCGGAGUCGGUCCGCCUGAAGCCUCUCGUCUACCCCAACGGCGACGAGAAAGAAUUCCUGCUGCAGACGUUUGCCGAAAUUGAUCCAUCUACCUCGGGGUACGCCGUCACCCCCAACAAAGUCGAGCUACGCCUGGUUAAAAAAGAACCAGGGAAGUGGUCACGAGUCACAAGGGAUGCGCCCGAGAUCAAAAACAUCGGAGAAAAGGACACUGAGUCACAAGCUAUCAAAGAAGCCAGACAGCAAGCCAUGGACGAAGCAGACGAAAAGGCAAAGGACGAGAAGGCCGCAGCGGCAGCUGUCCAAGCUGGAGCCGCCAACAAGGCCGAAGACACGGCUGGUGCUACCGGCCCCGCCUACCCGUCGUCAUCUCGCACUGGCCCCAAGAACUGGGACAAGAUUGGUGCAGAUGAGGACGAAGAGGAAGAGGCUGGCGUGAAUGACUUUUUCAAGAAACUGUACAAGGGUGCGACUCCCGAACAGCAGAGGGCCAUGAUGAAGAGUUUCAUCGAGAGCAACGGCACGAGUUUGAGUACGGACUGGGAUGAUGUCGGGAGUCGGACGGUGGAGACGGUUCCUCCGGAGGGGGUUGAGCCCAAGAAGUGGUAA